AUGCCUACGGAUGCUGAUAACAAGCGCCAGGCUGCGCGUGAUGUCAUCGAUAUUCUCGAGGAUAUUUCCAAAAUCCUGAACACCAACCUAAGCCGCACAGAGCUAUCUCUAUGUGUCUCCCUAAUUGAGAAUGGUGUCAAUCCUGAUGCUCUUGCGGCCGUGGUAAAAGACCUGCGCAAGGAGUCGGCGACCGCCAAUCGGGGCCAGUAG